GAAGUUCAAAGUUCACCAGGAAGUCAUCCUCGUGUUUUUGUGGCGUAGUUACGGCAUUGAGACAGGUGCGCGCAUACCAGAAAGUGGUUAAAACACCUUUUUCGGAGAAGUCAUCUCAUUGAACAGGUCCCCAUGGCCUCGUACACGUGCAUCAGCUGCCGAGUAGCUUUCGCAGAUGGUGAGGUGCAGCGUGCACACUAUAAAACCGACUGGCAUCGGUACAACUUGAAGCGGAAGGUGGCCGACAUGCCCCCCGUCACUGCUGAAAACUUCCAGGAACGUGUCCUGGCUCAGAGGGCCGCUGCUGACCAGCAGCUGACCGAUGCAUCAGCCACUGAGUGCUGCACCAUCUGCAACAAGAAGUUCUCCAGCGCCAACGCUUACCAGAACCACCUGCAGUCCCACAAACACCAACAGGUCGAAAAGCAGACCCUGCUCGCUGCCCAGAGGAGAGUGGAGAAGAUGAAUGAGAAGAACCUGGAGAAGGGGCUCAGUGAUGAAAAGGUGGAUAAUGAUGCAAGGAAUGAGGCCCUGCAACAGGCGCUGAAAGAACAGCAGAGAUCGAGCCCUGCCAAGCAAGACCAUGCACAGACCUCACAAGGAGCAACAAAGCAGAGGACUGAGAAGCUGGAUAAACCUCCCAGGAUGAUGUGGCUGGAGGAGCAAGCCAAGAAGCGAGAAAGAGAAGAAGGUGGCACAGCUGGUGAAGGUGAAGAAGACUGGGAGGAUGUAGAUGAAGAUGAUGAGGGCGAUGAUGGUGAUGAGAUGGAGGCGGAUGAUGAAGAGGAGGUGAUGGAUCAGCAGGAAGGAGAGUCCACUGCUCUGUCUGACACCCAACCUCCCGCUCUACCCGGCGCCAUCCCCAUCACUGACUGCUUGUUCUGUUCCCACCACUCCAAGUCCCUCAUGAAGAACGUCACACACAUGACCAAAGUCCACAGUUUCUUCAUCCCUGAUGUGGAGUUCCUCGUAGAUCUGAAGGGCCUCAUCCGUUACCUCGGAGAAAAAGUCGGUGCUGGGAACGUGUGCUUAUGGUGUAACGAAAAGGGGCGUUCAUUUUACUCAACAGAAGCAGUACAGAGUCACAUGAUAGACAAAAGCCACUGUAAGCUCUUCACAGAUGGCGAUGCCGCCCUGGAGUUUGCAGACUUCUAUGACUUCAGGAGUAGUUACCCUGACAGAAAAGAGGGGGAGGAUGCUGAAAUGGAUGAUGAAGAGUUGGCUGAUGACAAGAACCUGGAAUAUGACGACGAGACGAUGGAGCUGACGCUCCCUUCAGGUGCUAAGAUUGGCCACCGCUCUCUUAUGAGGUACUACAAACAGCGGUUCGGAGCCCAGCGAGCGGUGGUUCUGACCCACAAUAAGAACGCAGUUGGCAGAGUGCUCCGGCAGUACAAAUCCCUCGGCUGGGGAGGAGAUACAGGUAACAGCGCGCUCAAUCAGAAACAGAAAGACAUGCAGUAUGUACAGAUGAUGAAGUCCAAGUGGAUGCUGAAGAUGGGAAUGAGCCACAACACCAUCAAGCAGAAGCACUUCAGAGCCCAAGUUAUGUUCUAAACUCGGACUGAAGGAACAGGACGGAGCUAAAUGAGACAUGGACUGGCAAGCUCUGAAGUUUAACAUCUUUACUAACUCCAAGAAACCAGGCAGAUAUCCUUGAACAGUGGUAGGAACAGAAAUCAGGCUCAUCAAACGCACAGACUGUAUGAAAAGGAUGGAUGUGGCCAUUGUGUCACUCACGGGUUUGUGAAGUCUUGUUUUUAAGCCUCAAACACAGAAAAUUGGCAGUCACAGUUUUAAGCCAGAUGUCACAAGUAAUGUGUGGAUUAAACCAGGAAACCAAAAGAUACUACAUGGUUAUACUCUGGAUCCUUAUUUAUCACAGUGUAGCCAAGACCUCAAAUUAUGUUCUUCUUUAUCAACUAUUUUACUCUAAAUACGACCGAGAUUCCCAAAAUUUAAAAUGUUGUGUUAAAUAUGAGUUGAAACCAGUGAAUGCUCAUCAGAAAACAUCAUAGAUAAAGUGAAAACAUGCAGGUUUCAAGCAUUUCUCCAUUGGAUGCACCCAUCUUUUGUGUACAGCCUAUACUGAAAACCUGAUUACAGUCAUUCUUCAUUGCGUUUAAAGUAAUGCACUAAUGCCAGUUUUGAGGUUUGAUGAUUGCAGGGAAUCUUUGAUGUGGUAAAUCUUUAUCUUUGAUCUUUGAUAAAGCUUCUUGAAUUUUUUAGAGCCUUUAAUUUACUUUUGUGAAAAAAAUUCAUCUGUCAUCUCUCAAAUGCUGCAUCUCUGUACAAAGUGCAGGUUCUCUGUAAAUCUCCUUGAAAUCGUGAUAGAGAUCCUGGAAGCUCUUAUCGACUUCAUUUUGAAAACAGCCUGUUUGAAAACAGAUCAAGGACACGAAUCACACUUAUGAGUUCUUUUUGAAAUUAUAUAAAUCCUGUAAAAGCUACAUUACAUAAAUGAUAAGAAACUGUUUUAAUACUUUGGACAAAACUUAUUUAACUGAUAGGAUUUCAUCAUUAUCGUUCAACAUGAUCGGAACCAAUUCAACUAAAUAAAUGUUUGAUAUUUACCGCAUACAUCGCAGUCUUCCUGAUGCAAUGUUUCAUUACUUUUUAUAUUUUGUGUUUAAAUAGAAAAAACCUGAAUCUUUAAAAUCAGCAUUGUUUUGUUUGUCCUUAAAUCAAUCAACUCCUCAUCAUGUCAGCAAUGUGACGAUUGCUUCGCUUCCAACUAGAUGAAACAAGCCCUUCAUAUGAGACAUACAGUCAGGUGCAUACGUUUUGUGCAGUGACCACAGUGGAUUUUGAAACAAAUAAAAUAUUUAUAGUUGGGCAAAAGAAUGAUAUAUCGUGAUAACGUCAGUCUGUCUGGAGGUUUCUUCAUCUUAAUAGCGUUCUGUUUCUCUCACGUCCCUAAUUGUUGUUCGGGGAUCAUCUGAUUGUUGGGGGUUU